CAGUUGGCUUUUGCAAGGGCCUAGCGGGUUUUUCUUUUUAACCGCCCUGGGGAAAAUUUCCUUUUCUGACACAUUUUUUCAGAUGAACUUUUCACUUGCUUAAAAAGAGACGGAGAAUCCAGUCCCGAUGCAAAAGACCGGGAGGGGCUACCAGGAUGGGUGGUUGCGCUGGUGGCGGACGGUUUGGCAUCUCAGACUAGAUAUUGGAGGUAUACAACAAGCAGUAACACAACAUGUCCUGUGUUCUCACUCCCUGGUCAAGACUCAAGUGGGGCAUCUUUCCCGUCGAAAGGGUGGUGGAAGAGCCACAAGGAUCAGAAGACAGAUCCACACACGUUGUCUACAGCAAGGAGAAAGACUCGGAGUCGUUUGCCUCGCAGACGGAGUCAUUGGAGAGUAGUCCUUCGGAUACCAUCGAGUACAGAAGAAGCAGUGACAGAAAAUGGUACCACUUCUUUGACGAAUACGAGUUCCGUCAAUCAAAGAAGGUCAGAAGCACGCACAAGUGGUACCAUUGGUUCAACGAGAACGACACUCCUGCAGAGAAGAAGUUGAUUUUGAAGCUCGACGUGUUGUUGUGCUUCUACUCCAUGAUGGCAUAUUGGGUGAAGUACUUGGACCAGACCAACCUUAACAACGCCUACGUCAGUGGUCUCAAGGAAAGUAUCGACAUGAAGGGUAACGACCUUGUCCACACCCAGGCCGUCUUCACGGUCGGUGCCAUUGUUUUCCAAAUUCCAUUCAUGUACAUCCUAUACAAGGUUCCUCUCAGUUACGUUUUGCCAAUUCUGGAUAUCUGCUGGAGUUGUUUCACUCUUGGUUCCUACAAGGCAACAAACGUCCCACAUUUACAGGCAAUGAGAUUCUUUGUCGGUGUUUUUGAAGCCCCAGGCUACUUGGCAUAUCAGUAUCUUUUUGGAAGUUGGUACAAGGUGGACGAGAUCACCCGUCGUUCCAUGGUUUACUACAUCGGCCAGUAUCUUGGUGUUUUAACAUCUGGCUUAUUGCAAGCAUCUAUCUACAACUCCUUGAACAUGGUCAAUGGUCUCGAAGGUUGGCGUUGGAUGUUCAUUAUCGACGCUAUUAUCUCCUUUGCUGUGGGUAUCAUCGGUUUCUAUGCCAUCCCGGGCACUCCAAAGCAAUGUUACUCCAUCUUCUUGACUGAUGAAGAAAUCCUGCUUGCUAGAAAGAGAUUGAACAAGAACAACACUGCAAUUGAUGUCACCGAACAAAGAUCCUUCUUUGACAAGAAGCUUUGGAAGAAAGUGUUUACCUCGUGGCACGUAUACGUCCUGACGCUCUGGAACAUCUUCUGUUGGAAUAACAACAACGGUACCUCUGGUGCAUACUUGCUUUGGUUGAAGUCUUUGAAGAGAUAUAGUGUUGGGAAGGUCAAUCAAUUGAGUGCAGCAACUCCUGCUGUGGGUAUCCUCUGGUUGAUCCUCACUGGUUGCUACGCUGAUUUGUUCCACUCACGUUGGCAAGCCAUCAUUUGGUCCCAGGUUCUUAAUAUCAUUGGAAAUGUCAUCUUAGCUGUUUGGUAUGUCCCAGAAGGUGCAAAAUGGUUUGCAUUUAUUCUUCAAUACACUGGUUGGGCAAUGGCCCCGGUCUUAUACUCGUGGAUGAAUGAUAUCUGUCGUGAAGAUCCACAAUAUAGGGCCAUCAUCUUGGUCAUUAUGAACAUUAUGGCACAGACUUCUGUGGCAUGGAUCUCAGUCUUGGUUUGGAAAACUGUCGAAGCUCCACGCUACUUGAAGGGUUUUACUUUCACUGCAUGCAGUGCAUUCAGUUUGAGUGUUUGGACCUUUGUUGUUCUCUAUUAUUACAAACGUCAAGAAAGACAAAAUGCAGCAAAGAAUGGUAUCAUCCUGGUGUCUGAUGACCACAACGAGAUCGAAAAUGCACAUGGUGCUGAGGAGAUUGAUGAGGUCAAUCGCUCCUGAAUAUAUUUGACUCCAAUCUGAUCUUUCAAUCCCAUUCACGAUUGGAAAUAUACAGCUUUUUAAUAGACUUCUUAAUUUAAUAAUAAUCUUAAUACAGUAUUGCUUUACUCAACUUAAGAGAGG